AUGAAGGCUGCUUCUGUCUUACUAAACGCUGCCAAGCAACAAACGCGCAAAAAGGGCAAGGUCGAUGUUCCCGUUGAGAUGUACCCAUUGUUUGCCGCCGUCGGUGUGGCCAUCACCUCUCUCGGUUACUUCACUUACAGACACUUUGCCUACGACAAACAAUUGAGAUUGUGGAAGAACCCUGACUUGUCCAACUUGGACGUUGUGUUGAACAAGGCUGCCGAGGAGGAGAAGUCCAAGAGCGAGUAA